AUGAAGGACAACACCGAUCUGCUCUAUGGUCACUUUUACGACCUAUCCAGGGUAGCUACUAGCUUGAAGAACGCCCUAGACAACGUGAAAGCCUCACGUGGUUCUCACGAAGACUACUUGGUCGCUCAGGGGAUGGAACAUGAACUCCCUACUUCUCUUACUGGCAUACUAAACCUUGAAUUGUCUAUCAUGGCACAAAACAGCGACAUCUGGACGUUGCUCGCUCCGCCAGCAUUGGUAGAGGGCAUAGGAUCAGGUGUAUCUGCGUUCCAAGUGGCAGGAUAA